AUGCUGAGGAGUACAAAAUACUCGACUUUUGACUUAACACUUGAUCCAAAAUAUACAAUGGAUAGCAAUUCCUGUAGCCUGCCAUUGUCCCUUUCAAAUGUUUCCCAAACCGGCUGGACAUUUUCAUCACUUGAACAGGAGCAGGAGCAGGAUCAGGAGCAACAACAGCAACAUCAUCAUCAGCAGCAGCAGCAGCAGCAACAGCAACAUUUUAAUCAUCCCAGCCCCACCGAGGGUACGCCUUGGUCUCCAAUUCCAAAGAGUCAUCCUACCUUUAAGCCAUCUUUCUACGACCCAUUCCAGGUCAAUAGGCGCCGACGAACUUCACGGGAACAACACAAGACUCUUGAAGACACCUUUCAGGCAAAUCGCAAACCUAAUUCCAAAGUGCGACAUGCUCUAGCUGACCAGCUGUGUAUGCCUGUCCGGAGUGUCCAGGUGUGGUUUCAGAAUAGGCGGGCAAAGGCCAAGCUCCAGGAUAAGCAAGUGCCAAACGAACAAGCCACAGUAGACACUCCCACAAUGUCCCAAGCUAAUAAUAUUAUAUCUGCUGGUGGUAGUGGUGGUGGUGUUCCUGCUGCUCCCUGGACGAACGCCUUUCACAUGUUUUGUCCCCUCGUCUCGAAACCAAAAAUCCUAGAAAACAUCAAUUCGCCAUUGAAAAGCGACACUGGCUCAAGACAUGAACUCUCGAGCGAUCGUCUUCAGGCACUCGAUGACAUUAGUGACAUGCAGAAUUGCGAUGGCUCUGGUUGUGAUGACGACGAAUGUUGUUACCACGACAACAAGAACGAAUGGCUUUGGGAGGAUCCUGGCUUUCCUUUGACUCCGAUAAAUCCUGCCUUCCUGAAUAACCCAGCCGCACGUGCCUCAUUCUCCAGCGAUCAGAUGACGUUCUCUCCCGGCCCGGAGUGCUAUUACCCCAUGGUCCGACAACAGUUCUCGGGUGGUGCAGCAGAAGAGACUCACCACAACCACCACCACCACAACCAACAGGAGCAUGAGAUUGAGCAGGAGCAGGAGCAGCUUAGCGAAUACAGCCGGAUUUCAGCUGAACAGCAAUACACAUGGGAUCGACCACCACCUCCUCCUCCGCCCCCGCAACCGACUAGCCGAGAAUCUUUGUGUCAGCCAUUAUUAUCUGGAUUUAAGCAGAUCACACAUAAUAACUGCACCACAAGUCACACAGCCACAGUAGAAGCAACAACAGUAACUAAUGUUGCUGUUGCUGAUAAUAAUAACAAUAAUAACAAUAAUAAUACUGCUACUAUUCCUACUACUGCAGACGGAUCAUGGAUAGAAACACCUGCAUUAGCACCUAGGACAAAUGCCAGAAUCCCGGUAUCUUUUGGUUAUCCGAACCCAGCCAUGACUAGACAAGAUGACAUUUACUGGUGCGGCAGUCAGACUAUGCAAGAUACAAAGGCGCUCACAGGCUACCUAUUUUAUCUCUUAAUUUUUUGUACAUUUUAUGCUGUGCCUGUCAUUACUUUUUUAAUAGGACACAUUUAA